AUGGAUAAAUUUAAAGAAGCGUUAAAUAAUAUAGAUCCUUUAAAAAGAAAAAGUAUACUGCAAUUUUUGAAAGAAUACAAAACAUCACCUACACCAUCUUAUCGUGAUCUUCUAAAAAAUGUAGUAUCAAUUCUUAAUAAAAAUGAGUCAAUAAUAAUAAUUGGAAUGGCAUUAUAUAUUAAGGAGGAAGAUAAAGAAAAUUUUUUGCUUGAAUGUGUGAAAAUUGGUAUUCUAGGAAAAGGUAUUUCAGAAUAA